AUGCCCUUCGGUUCGGAAUAGGUGGUGGUAGGGUAAGCUAAGCUCUCGUGGUUGGGUGGACAUGGCUGAAAGAGAGUGGGAGAGUGGGAGAGUGGGAGAGUGGGUGGUUGAGUGGAUGGAUAGGUGGGUGGGCAACUCACUGGGAUUCAAAGAAUUCAAGACAGGUUUUCGAGAAGUGGAUCUUCAGAAUUUGUACCGAGUUGUUCUGUCUUACCCCUGACCUACUGACCGAUUGGCGAUGACAUCCCCGCAGCGUGGAGAGGCCAGCAACCCCGCCUGUUUGACCUGUUUGACCUGUUUGACGUUGCUGCUUCGGGGACGAAUCGACAUCGGACAACUGGGGACGAAAGUACGAACUGUUCAACGGGAAGAGAAGCUGCGCAAUGGACGGCCAAGAAAGCCAAACGCCUUUUUCCAACAGACUCUCUCUCUCUCUCUCUCUCUCUCUCUUUUUUUUUCUUUUCUUUUUCUUUUCUUUCUUUGCUUUCUUUUCUUCUUUCUUUCUCCGGCCGCUAUCCGGCAUGCUUCCUUCACGCCUCCCUUCUUUCUCUCGGGACCGCCGCUGCGGCUUGAUUUUUUUUACGCCAACAAGACGACGAUGCAGGUAGCGCUAGUCAGGUACCACUCCAGAUCGACCACCGCCGGAAUGGAGUCUCUGCUCUUUUGCUGGUGCCAUGUGUCCCUGGGAAUCCAGCCUUCUGCUGCAUGGUCAGCGCUGACCGUCAGGUACAAGUACGUUGUACAGACAAGCGAGCGAUUGCACGAAUGAGAGACGGGCUUCGAUCUUCAAGUAGAGGGAUGAACAGG